AUGUCGUCGAAGGUUUUGGAGGCGCGUGGCACGCUGCUCAAGUGCCACGUACAGCAGCUGAUCGUUGCUUCCUCGGCGGCUUGUCCCGAGAGCGAAACAAACGGACAUCAGCCCAUCAACAUGAUCAAAAGGUGCAGCAACAGCAGCAAAGCCGAUGGCGAUGCAUCCCUUACAGCCGGGAGCAGAAGACGCCAUCAGCUCGAGCCUGCAGCAGUCGACACGUCGAACGGACCGUGUCGCAGCAGCGCCGAUGACGAGGAUGCCCAGCUCCAAGUGCCCAGCAAAAAGAUCAUGACGGAUACGAGGAGGCGACUGUUGGAGGAGAGGGGCUUCAAGAACCCGGUUUUGCUGUUGCACCCGCUGGGUGGCUGGACGAAGGACGACGACGUGCCUCUCGAGACGCGUAUGCUGCAACACAAAGCCGUCCUGGAAGAUGGUGUGCUCGACGCCAAAUCAACUCUGCUGGCCAUCUUUCCGAGCCCGAUGAUGUAUGCCGGACCGGUCGAGGUCCAAUGGCACGCAAAGGCGCGAAUGAACGCGGGUGCAAAUUUCUACAUCGUGGGCCGGGAUCCCGCGGGUAUUCCACAUCCCGAUAGCACCGCGACGCUCGAUGGUAAUCUUUACGAUCCGACUCAUGGUGCUCGCGUCCUAUCCAUGGCCCGAGGCCUGCAGAAACUGGAAAUCAUUCCCUUCAAGGUUGCUGCCUACGACAUGGUCAAUAAAAAAAUGUCCUUUUUCGACCCCGCUCGGAAGCAAGAUUUUGACUUCAUCUCAGGGACGAGGAUGAGAAAUUUCGCGAGAACCGGCGAGCUGCCGCCGAAUGGUUUUAUGGCUCCCAAAGCUUGGGACGUACUUGCAAAGUAUUAUCAAAACAAAUGAACGAUCAACGAUGAAAAAAAAAAAACAAUAUUUUAAUCAAUUGAUUUUUAAACGUUAAGACUAUUUUAUAUCAAUUUGGAAAGCUGAUGAUUAGCGCUGGAGUAUCAUUUUUAAUUAAUAUUGUAAAUACGACACUUGUGCAAAAAAAACAAUAUGUAAGAUAACUCUAGCGAAUCUUAACUAUUUUGCAUUCCAUUUUUGACAAACUUUUUCAGGUAACAUGUACACACGCUCAAUUUCACUGUUGUAUCCGCGUACAUGGCGAUUUCAACACCCACACGCUAAAGUAAAAGUCCUGCACUUAUUUUUAUUUUUUAUAUUAUAAAAAAAAUUUAUUUUCAACUUUACUUAUAAUUCUAGAUUCAAAGUCGCAUACUAUGAGUAACUUGUGGCAUAAAAAAAUCCACUUCUAUGCAUAAUUAUUACUUCUCUUGCUUUUCUUGUUUAUCCCCGAAAUUAACUAUAAUAUAUGUUUCUAUAUAACAGAGUCUAUUAUAUGUAUGUACAGAAAGUAAACAGGUUGAACUGGGCUAUUAUAUUUUAUAUAUACUUUAAAGAGAUGGCAAAAUAUUUGAGUUUCUAUAUAAUUUAUCAUUGUUUGUAUGUGAAAGAUAAUUAAUGUGUUAUCAAUUGUAAGUAUUUUUAAAUCUUUAUUACAAUCAUCAGUUAUUGUACAUAAUACAUGAAUUUCUAAAUGUAAAUUUCAUGCUCAUAAA